UGCAAGUGUGGCUGCGAGCCGAGGGUGGCCAGAAGUCUCCAGCGGUGAUCACAGGGCUGUAUGACAAAUGUUCUUAUACCUCACGCGAUCGAGGAUGGGUCAUGGGCAUUCACACCAUCAGUGAUCAAGGCAACAGAGAUCCACGCUACUUUUUCUCCUUGAAGACAGACCGGGCCAGAAAAGUGACCACCAUUGAUGCCCAUCGCAGCUACCUCCCGGGUCAGUGGGUACACCUAGCUGCUACUUACGAUGGGCGACUGAUGAAGCUCUAUAUGAAUGGUGCCCAGGUGGCGACCUCAGCGGAGCAAGUAGGUGGCAUAUUCAGCCCACUGACUCAGAAGUGCAAAGUGCUCAUGUUGGGGGGCAGUGCUCUGAAUCACAACUUCCGGGGCCACAUUGAACACUUCAGUCUCUGGAAAGUAGCCAGGACUCAGCGAGAGAUUCUAUCCGACAUGGAAACCCGUGGCCUCCACACCCCUCUACCUCAGCUCCUCCUCCAGGAGAACUGGGACAAUGUGAAGCGCACUUGGUCCCCCAUGAAGGAUGGCAACAGCCCCCGGGUAGAAUUCAGCAAUGCCCAUGGCUUCCUGUUGGACACUAAUUUGGAGCCCCCUCUUUGUGGGCAGACAUUGUGUGACAACACAGAAGUCAUCUCCAGUUACAAUCAGCUCCCAAGUUUCCGGCAGCCUAAGGUGGUACGCUAUCGUGUGGUCAACAUCUAUGAUGAUCACCAUGAAAACCCGACAGUGAGCUGGCAGCAGAUUGAAUUUCAGCACCAACAGCUAGCUGAGGCCUUCCAACACUACAACAUCUCCUGGGAGCUGGAGGUACUGGAUGUAAACAGUUCCUCUCUGCGACACCGCCUCAUCCUAGCUAACUGUGACAUCAGCAAGAUUGGAGAUGAAAAAUGCGAUCCUGAAUGUAACCAUACACUGACUGGCCAUGAUGGUGGGGACUGCCGCCAGCUGCGCUACCCUGCGUUCAUGAAGAAGCAGCAGAAUGGUGUGUGUGACAUGGACUGCAACUAUGAAAGGUUUAAUUUUGAUGGUGGAGAGUGCUGUGACCCAGACAUCACUGAUGUCACUAAGACAUGCUUUGAUCCUGACUCUCCACACAGAGCCUACUUGGAUGUUAAUGAGCUAAAGAACAUUCUUAGACUGGACGGAUCAACACAUCUCAAUAUUUUCUUUGCAAACUCUUCAGAGGAGGAGUUGGCUGGAGUAGCAACUUGGCCAUGGGACAAGGAGGCCCUAAUGCACUUGGGUGGUAUUGUCUUGAACCCAUCUUUCUAUGGCAUUCCCGGACACACCCACACCAUGAUCCAUGAGAUUGGGCACAGCCUAGGUCUCUAUCACAUCUUCCGUGGCAUCUCAGAAAUCCAGUCAUGCAGUGAUCCCUGCAUGGAGACAGAGCCAUCAUUUGAAACUGGAGACCUCUGCAAUGACACCAACCCAGCCCCCAAACACAAGUUUUGUGGAGAUCCUGGACCAGGGAAUGACACUUGUGGCUUUCAUGGCUUCUUUAACACUCCUUACAACAACUUCAUGAGCUACACAGAUGACGACUGUACAGACUCCUUCACGCCCAAUCAAGUCUCCAGAAUGCACUGUUACCUGGACCUCGUAUACCAGAGCUGGCAGCCCUCCAGAAAGCCAGCACCUGUAGCUCUUGCGCCCCAGGUUGUGGGCCACACAGUGGACUCUUUGAUGCUAGAGUGGUUCCCGCCCAUCGACGGCCACUUCUUUGAAAGAGAAUUGGGAUCAGCAUGUGACCUUUGUCUAGAAGGGAGAAUCCUGGUGCAAUAUGCUUUCAAUGCCUCCUCCCCCAUGCCCUGUGGACCAUCAGGACACUGGAGUCCCCGGGAAGCAGAAGGUCACCCAGAUGUUGAACAACCCUGUAAAUCCAGUGUUCGAACCUGGAGUCCAAAUUCAGCUGUCAAUCCACACACAGUCCCUCCAGCCUGCCCUGAGCCACAAGGCUGCUACCUCGAGCUGGAAUUCCGCUACCCCUUGGUCCCUGAGUCUCUUACUGUCUGGGUAACCUUUGUCUCCAGUGACUGGGACUCUAGUGGAGCUGUCAAUGACAUCAAACUCUUGACUGUGAGUGGAAAGAACAUCUCUUUGGGUCCUCAAAAUAUUUUCUGUGAUAUCCCACUUACCAUCAGACUCCGGGAUGUGGGGGAGGAGGUAUAUGGCAUCCAAAUCUAUACUCUUGAUGAACAUCUGGAGAUUGAUGCAGCCAUGCUGACCUCUACUGUAGACAGUCCACUCUGUCUGCAGUGUAAACCCCUGCAGUAUAAAGUGCUCCGAGACCCACCUCUGCUGGAAGAUGUAGCUUCAGUUCUCCACCUCAACAGAAGAUUCGUGGACACAGAUCUGAAACUUGGCAGUGUGUACCAGUACCGGAUUAUCACCAUUUCAGGAACUGAAGAGAGUGAGCCAUCACCUGCUGCCAUAUACACCCACGGAAGUGGAUACUGUGGUGAUGGUGUUAUCCAAAAAGAUCAAGGAGAAGAGUGUGAUGAUAUGAAUAAGGCCAACGGCGAUGGCUGCUCUCUUUUCUGCAAGCAAGAAGUUUCCUUCAACUGCAUCGAUGAACCCAGCCGGUGCUAUUUCCAUGAUGGAGAUGGGAUGUGUGAAGAGUUUGAACAAAAAACUAGCAUUAAAGACUGUGGUGUCUACACACCCCAGGGUUUCCUGGAUCAAUGGGCGUCCAAUGCUUCAGUAUCCCAUCAAGACCAGCAGUGCCCAGGUUGGGUUGUCAUUGGGCAGCCGGCGGCAUCACAGGUGUGUCGAACCAAGGUGAUAGAUCUCAGUGAAGGCAUUUCCCAGCAUGCUUGGUAUCCUUGCACCAUUAAUUACCCAUACUACCAGCUGCCUCAGACCACAUUCUGGCUCCAGACGUAUUUCUCUCAGCCAAUGGUUGCUGCAGCUGUUAUUAUUCACCUGGUGACUGAUGGGACAUACUAUGGGGACCAAAAGCAAGAGACCAUCAGCCUCCAUGUCUUGAGCUGCAGGAACAAUCCCCUGAUUAUCCCUGUGGUCCAUGACCUCAGCCAGCCCUUCUACCACAGCCAGGCGGUACAUGUGAGCUUCAGUUCGCCCCUGGUUGCCAUCUCGGGGGUGGCCCUCCGCUCCUUCGACAACUUUGACCCCGUCACCCUGAGCAGCUGCCAGAGAGGAGAGACCUACAGCCCUUCUGAGCAGAGCUGUGUGCAUUUUGCCUGUGAAGCCACGGACUGCCCAGAACUGGCUGUGGAGAAUGCUUCUCUCAACUGUUCCAGCAGCCACCGCUACCAUGGUGCCCAGUGCACUGUGAGCUGCCAGACAGGUUAUGUGCUGCAGAUACAGCGGGAUGAUGAGCUAAUCAAAAGCCAGGUAGGGCCAAGCAUCACAGUGACAUGUACAGAGGGCAAAUGGAACAAGCAGGUGGCAUGUGAGCCAGUGGACUGCGGUAUCCCAGAUCACCAUCAUGUCUAUGCUGCCUCCUUCUCCUGUCCAGAGGGCAACAACAGCUUUCUGACCUGUAUGGAAGAUGGACUGUGGUCUUUCCCCGAGGCCCUGUGUGAGCUCAUGUGCCUCGCCCCACCCCCAGUUCCCAAUGCAGACCUACAGACAGCCCGGUGUCGAGAAAACAAACACAAGGUGGGCUCCUUCUGCAAGUACAAGUGCAAACCUGGAUACCAUGUUCCUGGCUCAUCUCGGAAGUCCAAGAAACGGGCCUUCAAGACUCAAUGUACUCAAGAUGGCAGCUGGCAAGAGGGAACUUGUGUGCCGGUGACUUGUGACCCACCUCCACCCAAAUUCCAUGGGCUCUACCAAUGCACUAAUGGCUUCCAGUUCAAUAGUGAGUGUAGGAUCAAGUGUGAAGACAGUGAUGCCUCCCAGGGCCGUGGGAGCAAUAUCAUUCACUGUCGGAAAGAUGGCACUUGGAGUGGUUCCUUCCACGUCUGCCGAGAGAUGCAAGGCCAGUGCUCAGCCCCAAACCAACUCAACAGUAACCUCAAAUUGCAAUGUCCUGAUGGCUAUGCCAUAGGGUCAGAGUGUGCCACCUCGUGCCUGGACCACAACAGCGAGUCCAUUAUCCUGCCAGUUAACUUGACAGUUCGUGACAUUCCGCAUUGGAUGAACCCCACACGAGUACAGAGGAUUGUCUGCACUGCUGGUCUCCAGUGGUAUCCCCACCCUGCUCGGAUCCACUGUGUAAAAGGCUGUGAGCCAUUCAUGGGAGACAAUUACUGUGAUGCCAUCAACAACCGAGCCUUCUGCAACUAUGAUGGUGGGGACUGCUGCACCUCGACAGUAAAGACCAAAAAGGUCACUCCCUUUCCUAUGUCUUGUGACCUACAAGACGACUGCGCCUGUCGGGACCCUGAGGCCCAAGAACACAGCCGGAAAGACCUUCGGGGAUAUAGCCAUGGCUAAGGGAAGACAGGUGUCAAAGGUUUCCCAAUGCCAGGACCCGCAUCCCUCUGGUAUUGAUUUCACAGUCUGCUGCUCAAUGAAAUGGCCUCUCCACACCAGGGAUCCUUAGCACCCAACCGGUCUGCCUUUAAUUUCACCCAGGAAGGACCAACUGUGGGGUGAAGAAUGAUGAAUCAUGCUAAAGAUGGAGUGGAGUACUAUCCUGUAGUCUAAGAUGGAUUGCAUACACAGCAUGUAGUCUCAGAGCUUCUGAAAGUUCUUUCUAUUUCUCACAUGACCAUGACCCAAAACAACAACAAAAUUGUGUGUGUAUCAAGCAGUGUGCACAUCUGUGGUUAGUACACAGGCAUGCACACACACCCAUGCAAAUGUCUCUGUGAGGGAAAUUUUCAAACUCAGUAGAAAACAACUGGAAAAAAAUGAAGAAAAU